AUGGCCCGGAGACCCCGGCACAGCAUCUACAGCAGUGACGAGGAUGAUGAAGACAUUGAGAUGUGUGACCAUGAUUAUGAUGGGCUGCUUCCCAAGUCGGGAAAGCGUCACUUGGGGAAAACUAGGUGGACCAGGGAAGAGGAUGAAAAACUAAAGAAGCUGGUGGAACAGAAUGGAACAGAUGACUGGAAAGUUAUUGCCAAUUAUCUCCCGAAUCGAACAGAUGUGCAGUGCCAGCACCGAUGGCAGAAAGUACUAAACCCUGAGCUUAUCAAGGGUCCUUGGACCAAAGAAGAAGAUCAGAGAGUGAUAGAGCUUGUACAGAAAUACGGUCCGAAACGUUGGUCUGUUAUUGCCAAGCACUUAAAGGGGAGAAUUGGAAAACAAUGUAGGGAGAGGUGGCAUAACCACUUGAAUCCAGAAGUUAAGAAAACCUCCUGGACAGAAGAGGAAGACAGAAUUAUUUACCAGGCACACAAGAGACUGGGGAACAGAUGGGCAGAAAUCGCAAAGCUACUGCCUGGACGAACUGAUAAUGCUAUCAAGAACCACUGGAAUUCUACCAUGCGUCGCAAGGUCGAGCAGGAAGGUUAUCUGCAGGAGUCUUCUAAAGCCAGCCAGCCACCAGUGGCCACAAAUUUUCAGAAGAACAGCCAUCUGAUGGGUUUUACCCAUGCUCUACCUUCAGCUCAACUCCCUCCAACUGGCCAGCCCUCAGUUAACAAUGACUAUUCCUAUUACCACGUUUCUGAAGCACAAAACGUCUCCAGUCACGUCCCAUAUCCUGUAGCGUUACAUGUAAAUAUAGUCAAUGUCCCUCAGCCAGCUGCUGCAGCCAUUCAGAGACACUAUAACGAUGAAGACCCUGAGAAAGAAAAGCGAAUAAAGGAGCUAGAGUUGCUUCUAAUGUCGACUGAGAAUGAACUCAAAGGACAGCAGGCACUCCCAUUCUUAAACACUUCCAAUAACCAUGAAAACUUAGACUUGGAAAUGUCUUCUUUAACGUCCACCCCUCUCAAUGGUCACAAAUUGACUGUUACGACACCGUUUCAUAGAGACCAGACUGUGAAAACUCAAAAGGAAAAUACUAUUUUCAGAACUCCAGCUAUCAAAAGGUCAAUCCUAGAAAGCUCUCCGAGAACUCCUACACCAUUCAAACAUGCACUCGCAGCUCAAGAAAUUAAAUAUGGUCCCCUGAAGAUGCUACCUCAGACACCAUCUCAUCUAGUAGAAGACCUGCAAGAUGUGAUUAAACAGGAAUCUGAUGAAUCUGGAAUUGUUGCUGAGUUUCAAGAAAAUGGACCACCUUUACUGAAGAAGAUCAAACAAGAGGUGGAAUCUCCAACUGAUAAAGCAGGAGACUACUGCUCAGACCACUGGGAAGGGGAGAGUCUGAACACUCAGCUGUUCACACAAGCAUCGCCUGUGGCAGAUGUGCCAAAUAUUCUUACAAGUUCCGUUUUAAUGACACCAGUAUCAGAAGAUGAAGACAAUGUCCUCAAAGCAUUUACAGUACCUAAAAACAGGUCCCUGGCGAGUCCCUUGCAGCCUUGUAGCGGUGCCUGGGAAACUGCAUCCUGUGGGAAGACAGACGAUCAGAUGACGGCUUCCGGUCAGGCUCGUAAAUACGUGAACGCCUUCUCAACCCGGACUCUGGUCAUGUGAGACGUUUGCAGACAAGCAUUAUGGUUUUCAGAACACUUCAAGUUGAUUUGGGAUAUAGCAUUCCUCUACAUGAAACUUUUCAUGAAUGGGAGAAGAGCCUAUUUUUGUUGUGGUACAACAGUUGAGAGCAGCACCAAGUGCAUUUAGGUGGAUGAAAUCGUAUCAGAUUUCACCCAACUAAACGAAUUUUUUUAAAAAAAUUAAUAAAUAACAGUCUUACCUAAAUUAUUAGGUCAUGAAUUGUAGUCAGUUGUUAGUAUCUUACUGCAGAAUUUUUUUUUUAAAAAAAGCAUAAAAUGAUUUAUCUGUAUUUUAAGAGGACCAGUAUUUUUCCUGUGAUGGGGUUUUUGAAAUUUUACACAAAAAGGUACUCCAAUAUUUCACUUUUCUCAAUCACUAAACACAAUGCAUUACUAUAAAUGUUGGCUUAACACCAUGGAAUAAGUAAUCAAUAUUGUAAAUGCUCAUUUAUGGUUAAUAACAUUGGGGGUACAUUUACUGUACUAAACCAUUUUAUGAGGGUUUUUUUGUUAGCUUGCUUUAAAAAUUAUUACUGUAUGAAAUAGUUUUAUAAAAAAUUAUAUUUUUAUUGAGUAAUUUAAUUUUGUACAUGCCAAAUGAAAAAAAAUGUGUUUUGCUGCUAUGGUCUUAGCCUGUAGACAUGCUGCUAGUAUCAGAGGGGCAGUAGAGCUUGGGACGGAGAGAAAAGAAACUUGGUGUUAGGUAAUUGACUAUGCACUAGUAUUUCAAACUUUUUUAUUUUUUAUAUAUAUAUACUUUUUUUCCUUUUGUAAUACAUUGGAAAACUUGUUUGGGAGAUUUUGCAUUUGUGGUUGUUUUUUGUCUUUUGUUAUUGUUGGUUUAUAAGAGCAUGCACUGCACUUCUUUCUUGGGAGAUCUGUGUUGUUGAUGUCCUAUGUUUUGUUUUGAAUUCAGCCUGACUGUUCUUUAAUUCAGGGGUUAUGUGUUUAAUCAGCAUUCCCCGUGCUCUCUAAGUGUAUGGUCUCAGAACUGCCACAGAGAACCUGUGUUUGCAGCUGGGGUCGAUAGCCAGUUGCUGCCUUAAGAACAUUUGGUGCAAGAUGGCCGGCACUGAACUUUUGAUAUGACAGUGUACUUACUGCCUUGUAGUGAAAUAAAGCUGUGCCCUUAUUUUACUUA